AUGACGAGACUUGGGACUUGCUGGGCGACUUUGGCCGGACUUUUCCUAACUGUGGCGGGGGAGACGUUUUCAGGUGGUUGUGUCUUUGAUGAACCGUAUAGCACAUGUGGAUACAGUCAAUCUGAAGAUGAUGACUUCAAUUGGGAUCAAGUAAACACUUUGACCAAACCAACUUCUGAUCCAUGGAUGCCAUCAGGUUCCUUCAUGCUGGUGAACACAUCUGGAAGACCGGAGGGGCAGAGAACUCACCUGCUCUUACCUCAGCUCAAAGAAAAUGACACCCACUGCAUUGAUUUUCACUAUUUUGUAUCCAGCAAGAGUAAUGCUGCUCCAGGGUUACUCAAUGUCUAUGUGAAGGUCAAUAAUGGGCCCUUAGGGAAUCCUAUCUGGAAUAUAUCCGGAGACCCUACACGCACAUGGAACAGGGCAGAACUGGCCAUUAGUACAUUCUGGCCUAACUUUUAUCAGGUAAUUUUUGAAGUGGUUACGUCUGGACAUCAAGGCUACCUUGCAAUUGAUGAAGUGAAGGUGUUAGGACAUCCAUGUACCAGAACUCCCCAUUUCCUGCGGAUUCAGAAUGUGGAGGUGAAUGCUGGCCAGUUUGCCACCUUUCAGUGCAGUGCCAUCGGCAGGACUGUGGCAAGCGACAGGCUUUGGCUACAGGGCAUUGAUGUCCAAGAUGCUCCACUGAAGGAAAUAAAGGUGACUAGUUCCAGAAGAUUCAUAGCUUCAUUUAAUGUGGUGAAUACCACUAAACGAGAUGCUGGGAAGUACCGCUGCAUGAUUCGCACAGAAGGAGGUGUUGGGAUAUCAAACUAUGCAGAAUUGGUAGUUAAAGAACCACCAGUUCCCAUUGCCCCACCUCAGCUUGCUUCGGUGGGAGCAACCUACUUAUGGAUACAGCUCAAUGCCAACUCCAUCAAUGGGGAUGGGCCCAUUGUGGCCCGAGAGGUGGAAUACUGCACAGCGAGUGGGAGCUGGAAUGACCGGCAGCCAGUGGAUUCCACCAGUUACAAAAUUGGGCACCUUGACCCAGAUACAGAAUAUGAGAUUAGUGUACUCCUCACCAGACCAGGAGAGGGUGGCACGGGAUCUCCUGGACCAGCUCUCAGGACAAGGACAAAGUGUGCUGAUCCCAUGCGUGGCCCCAGAAAGCUGGAAGUAGUAGAGGUCAAAUCUCGACAAAUCACCAUCCGGUGGGAGCCAUUUGGAUACAAUGUAACUCGUUGUCAUAGUUACAACCUCACCGUUCACUACUGUUACCAAGUUGGAGGACAAGAGCAAGUGAGAGAAGAAGUAAGCUGGGAUACAGAUAAUUCCCACCCUCAGCACACAAUCACUAACCUGUCACCCUACACCAACGUCAGCGUGAAGCUCAUCCUCAUGAAUCCUGAGGGCCGGAAGGAAAGUCAAGAACUCAUAGUGCAGACAGAUGAAGAUGUCCCAGGUGCUGUUCCUACUGAGUCCAUCCAAGGAAGUACCUUUGAAGAGAAGAUAUUUCUUCAGUGGAGAGAACCAACUCAAACAUAUGGUGUCAUCACUUUAUAUGAGAUUGUCUACAAAGCAGUCAGUUCAUUUGAUCCAGAAAUAGAUUUAUCCAAUCAAAGUGGAAGAGUUUCAAAACUAGGAAACGAAACUCACUUUCUGUUUUUUGGACUGUAUCCGGGAACCACAUAUUCCUUUACCAUCCAGGCAAGCACGGCAAAGGGCUUUGGACCUCCUGCAACAAACCAGUUCACAACCAAAAUAUCAGCACCGUCUAUGCCAGCUUAUGAACUUGAGACACCUUUAAAUCAAACUGACAACACAGUGACAGUCCUGCUGAAACCUGCACAGAGCAGAGGCGCACCUGUCAGUGUCUAUCAAAUAGUUGUUGAGGAAGAGCGUCCUCGAAGAACUAAGAAGACAACAGAAAUCUUAAAGUGCUACCCAGUGCCCAUUCACUUCCAGAAUGCAUCCAUAUUGAACUCACAGUACUACUUUGCUGCUGAAUUUCCAGCAGACAGCCUCCAAGCUGCUCAGCCUUUCACAAUUGGUGAUAAUAAGACAUACAAUGGAUAUUGGAAUACCCCCCUCCUUCCCCAUAAAAGCUACAGAAUUUAUUUCCAAGCUGCUAGUAGAGCCAAUGGGGAAACCAAAAUUGACUGUGUCAGAGUGGCCACAAAAGGAGCUGCCACUCCAAAACCAGUCCCAGAACCAGAGAAACAAACAGACCAUACAGUUAAAAUUGCUGGAGUCAUUGCUGGCAUCCUGCUGUUCGUUAUCAUAUUUCUUGGAGUUGUGUUGGUAAUGAAGAAAAGGAAACUGGCCAAGAAGCGGAAGGAAACAAUGAGCAGCACACGGCAGGAAAUGACAGUGAUGGUGAAUUCCAUGGACAAGAGCUAUGCCGAGCAAGGCACCAACUGUGACGAAGCCUUUUCAUUCAUGGACACACACAAUCUCAAUGGUAGAUCUGUGUCUUCACCAUCAUCAUUUACAAUGAAAACUAACACACUGAGCACGUCGGUGCCUAAUUCCUACUACCCAGACGAGACCCACACGAUGGCCAGUGAGACCAGCAGCCUGGUGCAGUCCCACACUUACAAGAAACGUGAGACAGCAGACGUACCCUACCAGACUGGGCAGCUUCAUCCUGCCAUCCGCGUGGCAGACCUCCUACAACACAUCACACAGAUGAAGUGUGCUGAGGGCUAUGGCUUCAAGGAGGAAUAUGAGAGCUUCUUUGAAGGGCAGUCUGCACCAUGGGAUUCUGCUAAGAAAGAUGAGAACAGAAUGAAGAACAGAUAUGGGAAUAUCAUUGCAUAUGAUCAUUCUCGAGUGAGGCUUCAGACAAUAGAAGGAGACACCAACUCAGACUACAUCAAUGGAAAUUAUAUCGAUGGCUAUCAUCGACCCAAUCAUUAUAUUGCCACCCAAGGGCCCAUGCAAGAGACGGUGUAUGACUUCUGGCGGAUGGUAUGGCACGAGAACACAGCGAGCAUAAUAAUGGUGACCAACCUCGUGGAGGUGGGAAGGGUCAAAUGCUGUAAAUACUGGCCAGAUGAUACAGAGAUAUAUAAAGACAUUAAAGUUACUCUAAUAGAAACAGAGCUACUGGCAGAAUAUGUGAUAAGAACAUUUGCUGUUGAGAAGAGAGGUGUUCAUGAAAUCCGAGAGAUCAGACAGUUUCACUUCACUGGCUGGCCGGAUCAUGGGGUUCCCUACCAUGCCACUGGCCUAUUGGGAUUUGUCCGGCAGGUCAAAUCCAAGAGUCCACCCAAUGCAGGCCCAUUGGUAGUCCACUGCAGUGCUGGUGCAGGAAGGACUGGCUGCUUCAUUGUCAUUGAUAUCAUGUUGGACAUGGCUGAAAGGGAAGGGGUGGUGGACAUCUAUAACUGUGUGCGGGAGCUGCGGUCACGGAGAGUGAACAUGGUGCAGACAGAGGAGCAGUAUGUGUUUAUCCAUGAUGCAAUCCUAGAAGCCUGUCUUUGUGGAGACACCUCCAUCCCUGCUUCCCAAGUUAGAUCUCUGUAUUAUGAUAUGAACAAACUGGACCCACAGACAAACUCAAGCCAGAUUAAAGAGGAAUUCAGGACCUUGAACAUGGUGACACCAACACUGCGCGUGGAGGACUGCAGCAUUGCACUCCUACCCCGGAAUCAUGAGAAAAACCGGUGCAUGGACAUCCUGCCCCCAGACCGCUGCCUGCCCUUCCUCAUCACCAUCGAUGGCGAGAGCAGCAACUACAUCAAUGCUGCCCUCAUGGACAGCUAUAAACAGCCUUCAGCUUUUAUCGUCACCCAGCAUCCUUUGCCAAACACGGUCAAAGAUUUCUGGAGACUGGUCUUGGACUAUCACUGCACAUCAGUAGUUAUGCUCAAUGAUGUGGAUCCUGCCCAGUUGUGUCCACAAUACUGGCCUGAAAAUGGAGUCCACAGGCAUGGGCCCAUCCAGGUGGAAUUUGUGUCUGCAGACUUAGAAGAAGACAUCAUCAGCAGAAUAUUCCGGAUUUAUAAUGCCGCCCGACCCCAAGAUGGAUAUCGGAUGGUACAGCAGUUCCAGUUCCUGGGCUGGCCAAUGUACAGGGACACACCAGUUUCCAAGCGUUCCUUCCUGAAACUCAUUCGCCAAGUAGACAAGUGGCAGGAAGAAUACAACGGUGGGGAGGGCCGUACAGUCGUGCACUGCUUGAAUGGAGGAGGCCGCAGUGGCACAUUUUGCGCCAUCAGCAUUGUCUGUGAGAUGCUUCGACACCAGAGAACUGUGGAUGUCUUCCAUGCUGUGAAGACACUAAGGAACAACAAGCCCAAUAUGGUGGACCUUCUGGAUCAAUACAAGUUCUGCUAUGAGGUGGCUCUGGAAUACUUGAAUUCUGGCUAAUGGCAUCCACAGCUCUGCGCAGAAACCUUUCCUGCCACAAUGCCAAGAUGUCCGAUGGUAUUUGUGUAGAUGAGAUGACAAUUUCUCAGUAUGCUUAUUUUGCUUUGCAUAAUUGGCUCUUUUUAAGAGCCCCAGAAAGUGUUUAUAAAACUGCUUGCACUGCCCAAUUCCCAGUAGUGCUGCUGCCUGACAGAAACACACACAGCGCACAGUCGUCAGACACUGUAUUCCUCAUCACAGGCCUGUGAGCACGGUGGAGACAUCUGGUCAACUGAAGAGCACAAUUAUAUUCUUAUGAAGGAAUUUGUACUUUUGGGAUAUUUUUUUGUGGCCCGUGAUCCUUUGUCAUUGUUACAGCUGAGUGUAUGUUUUUGUUCUGUGGAGAAUGCUACCUGGCAUUAUGAUAAUAUAUUAUUUUUAGUUAAUAUUUGUAUUUUAACAUGUCACAUAAGCUUCUGUAGCUUUUCCAGGACUAACAGAUAAACAUGUACUGAACAAAGAUAUGUUCGAUGAGUGGUCGUUUCUACCAGAUUUGUAUUGUUUCCAAGGGAAAAGCUUGGGAAGACUCAGUUCAGAAAUGCAACAUGGUCAGAUUUACAGAUCCAAAGCUUUUUCCAUUUGUUUAUAUUGUAAAUACUUUUUGAUUUCAUCAAAUUAUUUAUUCAUUAAAAAAUUUUUGUGAAGCA